CGCUGGCCUAGUCCUGCUGUCCUGGAACUGCUGCAAAAUGGCUGCAGUGUUUCGUCGUUUCCGGCGUCUUCGAGACGCGUCUGUCUGCUUGGCAACCGGGAACAGAAGCGGGACGCGAGUGUGGAGGCGAUGACCAUGCGUCGCUCAGCUGCCAAAUCACGGGGCGAUAGAAGCCGCACUGAUUCUGUCCCAGGUAAUGCUGCUUCGGCCCCGAUCCAGCCCGUCGAGAGCGUGGACAUCGUCCCGGGCCGCCUCACAGAGUCCACCUGGACCGGCAUGCUCUCCCAGGAGGAGGGCGAGGAAGUGGUGGUGGAUAUCAUAGCAGAACUGAUGGAAGGAGUGAUGGACAGAUGCUAUCAGGUGUAUCUACAAAGACAGUUGAUACCCUUCUCAGUGUGGUGGGCACAACAUAACCUGGCGGAGACGCUAGAAUGUCUUCUCCUGAGGAGAGAUGAAGGGGACGAUCCAGAACAUGAAGUCUUUUGGCAAGAGGAUCCAGAACCUCAGCCCUGUGCGACUGAUUCUUGGGCCGAAGGGUCUGUACCCGUGCUUCAUUCUGCUCAGGAACAGCACAAGGCUUAAAUGAAAUGCCAAACAGCCUAAAUUGAAAAAACUGCUGGACCAGACAGGCUUGUUGUGACUGAAACCUAAAAACUGAAAGACGAAUCAGAAACAGAAAACAUGUUUAAAUCAACAAAAAAUACAUUUUAAAAGAUUAUUAUGGUACUACUCCACCUUCACCCGGCUACCGCUUAUUUCUAAUAGAGUGAUGAUACUGAAUUAUUCAUUAAAAAUGAAGACAAUCUGACUUCCUUGAUACUCCAAACAUAAGCAAAAGAACUUAAAUGAAGCAAAUCCCUGUUCCUCUUAUGGUAUAAUUGCCUCUAUUGCUUGCCAGGUUUGGUCCUAAUUCACUUAACUAAAAAAAAAAAUGAUUUGGCUUUUUCAGCCUUAAAACACACUCGCUCAUCAAACAGAGUUUGGGCCCGAGGUGAGGAGACAGUGAUGCCAUGAGCUCCAGAAACCCAUGAACUGAUGUUGUAUCCCUUAGGCCACAGCUGGUAACAGACCAGAACAGAGUGAACCAAGGCUGGAAUACUAUAAAAAAAGUCAUCUUGCCCCAGUAACAUACUGGAGCUUCCCCCUGCUCACAAUGUCAAGACAUUUCUUAGGGUACUAUUUUAGUAUUGAUUAAACUGAUGCCUUGCCUGCAUUUUUCUGUGACUGUUGUGGCAGUAAUAAACAAUUAGACCCAA